AUGACAACAAAAAAACAUCGAAUUAUUUCACAAGAUAAAAUUGAUACUGAUAAUUACAAUGUUGAACAUCGUUUACGAGAAGCUAUUGCAAAUUUACCAAUUGAACAAAGAAUUGAUCUUGAUUUAUCAAAAAUUUAUCAACAAUUAAUUGAAUCUUUUUAUACAUAUGAAUCUCAUCUAGCAAAUUUUGUAUUUGAUCGUGAUAUGCAUAAUAUAAUUUAUUCACUUGGAUUUGUACCAACUCAUAGUGAAAUGAAUGAAUUAAUUCUUGCUAUGCGUUAUCAUCCAUUAUCACGUACAACUGAACGAGAAGAAAUCGAUGCUGAACAUCAUUUAAUUCAUAUAUAUGAUUUUGCUGAUAUAAUUAUACCAAAAUUACUUAAUAAUGAAUAUAAAUCAGCUGAUGAACAAUAUUUAUUAAAAUGUUUUAAAAAACUUGAUCAAAAUAAUAAAAAUUAUUUACAUAAAAAAUUAUUUGUCCAAACAAUGUCAACAAUGGAAGAUGCUUUAGAUGAAAAUGAAUCCGAUGAUUUAUUAAAUUUUUUAAUUAAAAAUGAAAAUUUAUCAAUUGAAAAUUUACAAGAUUUUUUUGAUUAUAAACGAUAUAUUAAACAUUUAUUGCCACAACGACAUCUUAUUUAUCUUGAUCUUGGUGUUGCAAAAUGA